AUGUCAGAAGCGAUAAGCCAGGAGCAAUUGGCAGCGCUGACUCAGCAGGUGGCGGCACAGGCGGCAGCUACACAGGUCCAGGUCGAUCCCGCAGCCGCAGCAGAAGCGGAUCCAAAUGGGCUAGCUGCCUUGCAAGCCUUGGGAGUAAUGCCUGGAAUGAUGCCUGGCCUUGCUGCCGGUGGCCUCGCUGGCUUGACGGGUAUACCUGGCGUGCCAAUGGUGCAUCCUGGGUAUGCAGCCGCUGCAGCAUCGGCCGCGGCAAACGCAGCUGCAUUGUACUAUCAGGCUUUGCAAGGCUUGGCUGCGACUGGUGCAACAACUCAAGAAGCUGCUCCAGCACAAGGGCACGGAGGCAGAACCUUCAACACGAAGCCCGGAGACUGGAAUUGUAAACUCUGUGGAGAUCUUCAGUUUGCACGCAAUACGAAGUGCCGCCGCUGCGGGGCAGAAAAACCCAGCGAUGCCGAGCUUGCGGCUGCGCCAGCUGUAGCACCCAAUGGUCGCCAAAUGCGCCCGGGUGAUUGGAUGUGUCCCAUGUGUGGCGAUCACGUCUUUGCAAAGCAUGAAGCCUGCCGAAAGUGUAGCACGCCAAGGCCAGCAGAAGUAUUGGCCGCUUUGGCUACAAGAAGCGCUCAGGUAGCACGUGAAGGGGACUGGAACUGCAAGAUGUGUGGCGACUUGCAGUUUGCCCGCAAUGCAGCUUGUAGGCGGUGCGGUGCGGAGAAACCACCCGAUGCGGGAUUGACGCAGCCAGUUGCGACACCUGCUGCCACUCCAGUCGCUGUGAAGAGUCCCGGGUCUGACUUGCGCCCUGGGGAUUGGAUGUGCCCCAAAUGCAACGACCAUGUUUUUGCAAGAAACGAGCACUGCAGGCGCUGUGGAACCACUCGUCCAACCGGAGCAGACUUGGCAGCCAUGGCAGCGGCUGGCACGCUCCCCCCUGCCUCUACCGCAACUGCCCGAUCAGAGAUGAAACCGGGUGACUGGCGAUGCCCCCAAUGCAAGGAUUUAGUCUUUGCACGAAACAACGCGUGCAGGAGAUGCGGCACACCAAGACCUGCCGAUCGAUCGCGCAGCCCAGUUCGUUAG